CCAGCAGAGCCACGACAACAGCCGUACGGUCAUCAACUGGUGCUGUCGUGGAAGAGACUAAACGUUUUAGCGAAGAAGACUGUUCACAAGUCUUUCAAGUCGUCUAAAAUCACGUACAAACAUAUAUUGCACAACGUUAGUGGAAAUGUUCGAUGUGGCAACCUUCUAGGAAUAAUGGGUCCAAGCGGUUCCGGAAAAACUACACUUAUGGCCACUGUAAGUCAUCGAACUAAAGGUAAUUUCCAAGGAGAACUUCUACUAAACGGUCAUCCGGUAUCUGAAGAAGUGAUGAUUAAAAUAUCAGGUUUCGUUCCUCAGCAAGACAUUAGCUUCGAUCAGUUAACAGCUUCGGAACACUUGCGUUUAAUGGCCAAUUUGAAAAUGGACCGGCGCACCACGGCCGGGGCCCGGUCCGAAUGUAUCGGGCGCUUGGUGGCGGAGCUGGGCAUGGGCGAGUUCGCGGACACGACGCUGUCGCUUCUGUCGGGCGGCGAACGCAAGAAGGUCACGCUGGCCGUGCAGCUGCUCAACGAUCCGCCAAUACUGUUCUGCGACGAGAUCACCACCGGCCUGGACAGUUACGCGGCCGCGCACGUCGUCGACGCGCUGAAACGCAUCGCCCAUACCGGCAAGAUCGUCGUCUGCACUAUUCACCAGCCCGCGUCCGGCGUGUUCGACAAAUUCGACGACGUGGUCCUGCUGUCCAACGGACGAUUGGUCUGUCAGGGCCCCAUUGCCAUGGUCAACCAGUUGUUUCAAAAAUUUGAUUAUAAGUGCCCGGAUUUAUACAACAAAGCGGAUUUCGUAAUUUCUAUAUUAAAUUCCGAAAACGAAAAAGUAAAACAAAAUGUCGAUGAAAUGUGCAAGCUAUCUUCAACAGAAAAUCAAAUAAAUAUAAAUUACGAUUUAUUUAAUGAUCAAAUUCAAUUCGAUUAUACACAACACUUACGAAUGCUAAAACCAUUAUGGAUUACACAGUUAAUAUUGAUAUUGAAUAGAUCCAUCGUAUGUAUGUUAAGAAAUUACAAAGUAAAACUGUUGGAAUUGGGAACGUUAAUGUUUCUCGGUUUAAUAUUGUCGAUGCCAUACCUAAACCUCAAGUUUGAUGUGAAAGCCGUACAGAACUGGCAAGGAUUCUGGUUAUGUCUAAUGACCAAUUCUAUUUUCCAGUACUGUUACACGUCAAUUAUAACGUAUCAAACUGAAUUCUCGGUUGUCCAUCGAGAAAUCAGCAACAACAUUUACGCGCUAAGCGUGUACUACAUAUCUCAGAUCAUUAUCACGUUUAUCUGGACCGUACUGGAAUCGCUGAUCUAUACAUACUUGGUGUUUUGGAUAGUGGGCAUAAAAUGGGAGUUUUUGCUGGUGACGACGUUCGUGAUAAAUAUGUUGAUAUGCAGAUCUUAUGGAAGUGUUUUGUCAGCAUUCUUUGAAAAGUUUGAAAAUAUUGUUAUUUUCUCAUUGGUUUACGAUUAUCUUGCUGUAUCACUUUGUGGCGCCUACAUAUCGCUUGGAUCGUUGCCGUCUAUAUUUUAUUACUUGAAGUAUUUUUCAAUUUUCUUCCUCGGCUGUGAAACAAUGUUGAUUUUGCAAUGGCGAGACAUCUCCUUUAUACCGUGUUUCAAUGUAAACAAUUGUCUGCGUAACGGCAAGGAAGUCUUGUUGAGCUAUGGAUAUGACAUCAAUCGUUUCAACACUGAUCUCUUAAUUCUAGUUACAUUCUACAUUUUAUCAUAUGCCUUUGGAUAUUACGGAUUGCUCAGGAGAACUAAAAAACAACCAGCUUACUGAGUAAGUCAAAGGAGACCAUUUAUCCUAUUUAUAAGAUAUCCAUUUGUGUCGAUUCAAUCGUAUAAAGUUGUAAUCGAAACACUUUAAAGUAUUCAAAUACGACUAAAUUAUAGUAUAUACGAAUUAAUAUUAGU